GGAACCAUCGUCUCCUUCCAGCACUAACGAGGGGAUUUACUCUUUCAUGCGGCCACUGGGAACUCUGGACUAGCCUAGCCACCACGCUGUGAUUUUUUUGCAAUCUCUUCAAUACGCUACCUUUUAAGGUCAAGAUGUUGUUAAGUAUAAGAAUUAUCUUAUGGAUGUACUCUACAUUAGUUAUAACAUAUAUGGUACCUAAAGUUAAAGCAGAAAAAAAAACCCUGGUAAAGGGAUCCCUUUCUGGAACUUCAGUGCUGCCAUGCUCCUUCUCAACCACACCCACUAUAGCCUCCAGCUAUGCAGCUGAGUACCUUCGAAUAAAAUGGUCUAAGGUUGAGCUGGAUAAAAGUGGAAAAGAUGCAAAAGAAACCACAGUACUGGUGGCCCAAAAUGGAAACAUCAAAAUAGGUCAAAGCUACAAGGACAGAGUGUCUGUUCCAACCCAUUCAGAGGAGACUGGUGACGCUUCGCUGACUUUCUCCAAGCUGCGUGCAAGCGACGCAGGGGUGUAUCGCUGUGAUGUGAUGUAUGGAGUUGAAGACACACAAGGCAUUGUUUCUCUGGCUGUUGAGGGUGUUGUAUUUCAUUAUCGUGCAGCAACCAGCAGGUAUACUCUGAAUUUUACACAAGCCCAGCAGACUUGUCUGGACAAUGGUGCUGUCAUGGCAAGCCCAGAACAACUGAAAGCAGCCUAUGAAGAUGGAUUUGAGCAAUGUGAUGCUGGAUGGGUGUCUGACCAGACUGUUAGGUAUCCAAUUAGACAUCCAAGAAUUGGCUGCUUUGGAGAUAAAAUGGGAAAGAAAGGAGUCAGAACGUAUGGACGCCGUUUUCCUAAUGAAACUUAUGAUGUGUACUGCUAUGUGGAACGCAUGGAAGAUGAAGUGGUACAUGUCACAGUCCCAGAGAAGCUCACCUUUGAGGAAGCCAAAGAGCUGUGCCGGAAACGGGAUGGUGUUCUUGCUUCUGUUGGGAACCUGUAUGUUGCCUGGAGGAAUGGCUUUGACCAGUGUGACUAUGGCUGGCUGGCAGAUGGCAGCGUUCGGUACCCAGCCUCGGUGGCAAGGCCCCAGUGUGGUGGAGGUUUACUUGGGGUGAGAACCCUGUAUCGCUAUGAGAACCAAACAGGCUUUCCUUACCCAGAUAGCAAGUUUGAUGCCUACUGCUAUGAACGUAAAAAAGUCACAACCGAGGCUACAACUCUGGCUACAACUCUGAAAACUGACAGUGUGAAAUCGACACCUGCUAAAAUUACUCUUAAACCUCCUAUUUUUGAGACAUCAGUUACUGAAGUGGCUGUCACCAAGACAGAGGUCCCUGCUUUGGAGGAAAAAACCCUGGAGACUGAAGAAGACACAGAAACGACUACUGAUGUAACUGAGGAAAAAAGGCAAAUGGAGGUGCUUAUGGAGAACAUUAAGUUAACCACCCUUCUACCUCAGACUGUCACAGAUGGUGAAAUAAGCACUUAUGAUACACUGGGAAGGACUGAAUAUGAUGUUUCACCUAUGCUAACAGAGAGCACAUCUGCAACUUUGGAACCGGAGCACACUUACACUGAAGCAGAAUUGCCCGAGGAACAAGGUAGGUCUGAAAGCACUGAGGACGCUUUCUCGACCUCUGUAAUUUUUCAGGAUAGAACAGCUUUAGCUAAGAGUUCCACUGUUUCUUGGGAAGCUACUGAAACAGGAGAUACACAAAAACAUGAUGCUGAUAAUCAGACUGAACAAAUAGAAGUGGGUCCUAUGAUGACAGCUACAGAUAGCUUUUUACCAGCUUCUCGGAAAGAGAUCCCCAGGACAGGGACUUCAGUUUCACUGACAAGAGAGAAUGUGUAUCUUGGUGCCCAUUCAACAAGAGAACCCACAAAAAAGUCAAUGGAGGCAAAAUCUGAUAAGAAACUUACAACUGUUGUAAUCCCUAAAGAUUUAUUCACUGCUCAGUAUAAUCCUACUACAGAAGGGGAGGGCAGAGAGAUUAUGCACACCAUUAUGCCUGAUAGAGUUUCUGGCAUGGCUACUGGUAGCAGCAACCCAGAAUCAGAUGUGCCUGCUGCAUCAGAGACACUACUAGAUCAGCAUGCAGUAACCACUGGACAAUUUUCUACAGAAGAUGAGUCAACUCCAUUCAUUAAAUUUAGUUCUGCAAUUAUGUUUGAUAAUGAGGCAUCAGCUGAAGGAAGCAGAGAGGACCUGAGAGAUGUGCAGCCUACUGUGUCAUCUGGAAUGCCUGUAUCCUUUUCUGUAUCAGCUGUUAGUCAAUCAAGAUCUGAGGCCAUUGCUCUCCCAGGAAGCACGAUUUCCCCAAAAAUCUUUGGAGAAGAGACUACAUCCUUUAUCCACUCGUCUCAGCAAACGGAAGGAUCAGCCCUUUUAGAGGAGCAGGAAAAAACAGAUGAGCCAGAAGCAAGAACAGUGGUUAAGAUUCCUCAUGCCAUCAUUCCUACUUGUGUUACAGAAGAUUCUGAGGGAUGUUCUGCAAGUGAAGAGUUCACACAAGCUCCUCCAGCUUCCAGCUCGUCAUUGCCAGCAGAUAAAGAUCAGGGUUAUAUGACAGAAGGGUCACCUCGUACUAAGAGUAUAUAUGAGGUAGAUACAGAUGAUGGUAUCUCUGGAAUGGAGCCUACAUCAUCUCCAGGGCAAAUUAGAGAAUUUACAAAGCAUUCAGGAGCUCUGAUUUCAGCAGUUACAGAUGAAACUGAAACAAGCAUGGUGCCAUCAGAAGCAAAAAGUGAUGAAGAAGCUGUAUCAGCUGACUUUGACCAGAGUAAAGAUACUACAGGUGUCUCUCACACAAGCAGCUCUUUGGAUCUGGAAACGAUCACAGUAUCAAAAAUACCAGUGGAUGAAAGUCACACAACAAUAAAGUCUUUUAGCUCCUCAGGUGUGACUGUAUUACCAACUGCUGUGCCCACAAUUGUGGAGGUAACUGAACAUGAAGCUGAAACGUCAGGGUAUGUUUUGAAAACAUCCGUUCCGACCCCAGAUAUUGAACACAGGGAAUCUACUAAGACAUUGCUAGAAACACCUGCUGAAGACAUUGCUACUGAGAUGGGUGUCCCAAAAUACACAGUGACAGAGGAAGAUGAGACAAGCAGUAUGACAGCAACGGAGAAGGAAUCAGUGGCAACUCUUGAAGACAGAAAAGAAACACCAUCAGCUGGCUUUGGAGGGACAAAGGGAUCUAUCAUAUUUACAGAUGUAACAAAGAUAGAUACCACAGUUCCACAGAAGGAACAUGAUGCUUCCUUAUUUCCAGUUACUUUAGAGAGUGAGGUCACUACAGAUAUGCCAGUUACUGACCAGACUCCUUUUGAUGAUAUUUUUCAUACAGAAACAACUGGAACAGAUAGUGAGGUGUUCCCAGAAGAGGUCUUCACGAAAGAACAAGAUAAGGAACCAGAUACUGCCUCAGAAUCUAUCUUACCUGUGACACCUGUCCAAGUACCUGAACAAAAGACAUCACCAGGAUCUGAUUCACCUCAAACAGCUAUUCAGGAAAAACUGGAUGAGACAGGUUCAGCUUAUGAUGAGACAUAUCCAGCAACGGAAGUAUCAGUGCCUGUAGUGAACUUCACAGAUUAUGGAAGAGUUCUGGGAUCUGAUGAAACUAGCACCAGGACCUUGCAUCUCACAGUGACUCCAAAAGCUGAGACUACUACUAAACAAGAAGAGAGGGUCACUAGAGUGAUGCAUAUAACAGCAGGUGCCCAAGCAAAAACAUAUGAAAGCAGAGGAACCCCCACCAGGGAAGAAGACUCAGGUUCCCAGCUCACUACACCAAUGUUGUCUCCCCAGACGAUGCCAGCACGUUCUACUGUGGAAAGUGUUACCCAUCUGACUUUAGGAGCUUCUCAAAGCCAAACUCUGGAAGGUUCAGGAGUAUCAGAAGAAGCUGAAGAUAUCAAAACAUCUACAUUUUCAACUAAAACAACAGAUAAGGCAGCAAUUCUCAGCGAUGUAAUAACAUCUUCCAUUAGUGUUGUAGAUAAAAUUCAGCCUACUUCAGCAUCCAAAUCUUUUGUUACUCAAAAGUCACCACUUAUCAUUCCUGGGGAAGAAGAGGAGGUAACAAGCAAUGACAUCAUCAUAAUUGAUGAAUCUGUUUCUCUCAGUAAAGCCACUGCUGCUGAUGAUCUGACAGGAAAGAUGUUAGAACCAGAAAUCGAUAAGGAAUAUUUCACAGCAUCAACUGCUACUGCAGUUGCACAACCUACAACACCACCCAAAGUGAAGGAGGCCACAGAGGCUUUACAACCUCAAGAGGUGUCCCCUUCUACUUCACACCCUGAUAGUGGAAAUGACAUAAGAAUGUAUGUUAUUCAAAUCGCAGGCAAUGAUACAGAUCAUCCGGUGAAUGAAUUUUUGGAUCUGUUCAGUCGCCACAUGCUUCCUCAUGCAAUAGAUGAACCCCACACUGAUGCAGAAUCAACUCAGACUGAACCCUGUACUUCAGACUCUGUGCAGGAUUCGUCUGAAUAUAUAAUAUUGGAUCCUUUCUUUCCAAACUUUAUAGAGUUUGAAGAAGAGGAAGAUUGUGAAAAUACUACUGAUGUUACAACUCCUCCAGCUUUGCAGUUCAUCAAUGGAAAACAACAAGUUACUAGUGCACCUAAGAGCACAAAAGCUGAGGAAGCAAGAAGUGAUCAAAUUGAAAGUGUUGCACAUUCCAAAAAUGUAACCUUUUCUCAAAUCAAUGAAACAAACACAUUUAUAAUGGCUGAAACUGAAGCUUCUGGUACUAUGCAACCAAGCAAAGCUGGAGAAGUUAUAGGGGCAUUUGAAGUUACACAACCAACAGCAGAUGUUGCAAUGUUAGAACCUGUUUAUAGUGGUGAGUCAGAAAUUGCAACAACAGAUAAAUCAAUGGUCAUUACUUCUUCCUAUGAGCAGUCUCAGCAAACAAAUAAAGAGACUGUAACAUGGCAUGGAGCUAAGGAGAGGUCUACUAUGGAUGCAAAAAACUUCCUUUUGGUUACUAGUGAAUCUUCUGGAGAUGGCUCCACUGAAUCAGAUUUAUCCAGUUCUGUCUUCUCAGAAAUUGUGACCAUGUCAAGAAAAAAAGAUGAUGAAAAAAAAUCUGGUAUAACUUCUGCUUCUGAUGCUACUGUGGAAAGUUCUACUGUAAUGGCUUCUCUGGAUGCAUUUCUUAAUACUGCUACUGCAAGCAUGAGUGUGAAACACCUUAUUCCAGAAGAGGCAAGUCCUGCUCCAGGAGAUCAUUCUAAAUCAACUGUUAAAUUUAAUACAAAUUCCCCUGUUGAAAAUCUCCUGGAAACAAGUGUCCAUACAGCGAAGCCUGAGAUAAGUGCUGCUUCUUUUAUAGUUCUAGAUGGCUCUGGAGAUGUAGAAAAGGAUAUCACUAUAAGUUCAGCCAAGGCAAUGGAAACAGCAGUAACAGAAACGCUUUCAAUGCAAGAUAUUUCUUUAGGCUCUGGCACAGUGUUGCCAACAGAAAUUUCUGUAAACAUUUUAGGAAUCACCUCUGCUCUGCCCAGAGGCACAAGCAGUCUUUAUUCUGCUUUUGAUAAAAGUUCAGAGGUAACAGAUGCCACCAAUUCUGUGUCUGAGUUUAGUACAGAAAAUGUUGCUAGCUCUCUUGUAACAGGAAAGAAUACUGAAGAUGAAAAAGAAAUACAGACCUCUAUUUAUUCAAGUCAGGAAGAUUCAUCUUCUGCUACAGAGGGAAGUCUGGAGCUUAGUGAACUUGGGACCACUACUAGUGAAAUCAGAACUUUAAAUCAAGAGCCCACUCUGCUCAGAAAAACAGGACCAGUAACAGGUACUGUAAGUUCUGAAAUAAAAAAGAUCACCACCGUUCCUCUCUUGAGAGAGAAGAAGUUUUUUAUAAAUGAAGGAUCAGCAGAAGAACCAUCAGACAUAUUUUCAGGGGGUCCCACAAGCAAAGUGGUAAGUACUGACUCCCCAUUUAUUGAUCCAGGUUCUGGAGACAUAGAUGUUAUCGAGUCUGCUACUUUGACUUCAGUUCCAUUAAGGCCUGUCAUUGAAACACAAGCAGAAAAGCAUGAAGAAAAAGGUUACAGCAUAGAUGAUGUUUCACUGAAGAAUGCAAAAACAGAAGGACAUGCAAGAACAGAUGAAUCAUCAGUAUCAGUUUCAAGUACUGGGUCGGAUGGCUUGACAAAAGAGUUUGGAGCAGCAAGUCAAUUGUCCCAGCAUGUGUUUAGUACAGGAAACCCAGGAGAAAAAACCCAGGAAACAGAACCACUUUACACAGCUCCUUCUGAAGUAAAAUCUAAUCCAGUUUCUAAAGAAGAAGCAACAUCUCACCUGGCACCAGGAGUUCAAACUGAAGAUGGAGAAACAGGUGAGGUCACAUCAUCUCCAGUAUCAGGUGUUAAUAGCAGGCCUCAUGGCAUCAUGGUGACACAUGCAGAAGGCAAGAAUGCACAAGUUAGUUCCCCAGCUGUCUCAGUAGGCAAGAUUUUCCUGAUUGAGCAUGGCUCUGGAGAGGAAUUCAAAGGUGACAGCGACACCACAAAACUCAUGUCUAAUGGGCCUAGUGAAGAAAUACUUCAAAGUAAUUUCACAUUUAUUGAUCAGGGAUCUGGAGAAGCAGAAACAUUCAUUGAAUCAUUCACAAAAACAGCAGUUUUACCCACUGGGAGACCAGAAACACAAGAGCAGUAUGACAAAAAAGGUGUCAGCACACCAUCUGUAGGUCAUGACUUCACUACAGAAUCUGUUGAGCAAGUCACAAGUACUGAAUAUGAAGUAACCACAGUGGGAAGUGUAACUGACAAGCAAAUGGAAGAGAUAACAAUUGAACUGACAGGGACACCUUUUAGUAUGAAGAUUCCUCUGGUGGAAGAUAACCAUUCCAGGGAAGAUGGGCUAAGAGAAAUUUCACCAAAAGCUACAGCAUUUUCUGAAGAAACAACAGCAGACCCAUUUUUUAAGAGUACACAGGCUAACAAUGAACAUCUGGGAUUUUUACAUUUUCCAACUGUCAGUCCAUAUUCAGAAGAAAAGGAUCUAGAAACUGAAUCUGUUAAAAACAUACUGACAUUUAAUAAUGACAGAGUAACUGAGCCUGCAAGGAUUGAAAGGAAAUAUAUAAGCUCUCCAGUUACAGAUAUAGAGCAAGAGGAAGAGUUGGUAAAAAAUAUUUUCCCUACAAAAGAUAUUCUGGGAUCACUCCUGACACCUGAAGAAGAAAAAGUAACAAAUAAUGAGCUCAUUGGUGAUCCAUUAUUUUCAGGACAAGGAUCAGGAGAUGACCUUGUUGUUGUUGUUUCUUCUGUAGUGCCAUUGGCUGUCAAAGAAAUCAUGAGUACUUCUAGUCCUCAUUCUUCUCAUUCUGCAGAUAAGGGACCCAAACUUGCAACUGACGAGACACAAGACUUUGAAAGAGCAAGUACUGAAUCAGAUGCUGAAGUUAAUGAAGAAGUUACAAGUGCUGUAACUGAGCUGCUGUCUGAAACAGAUCAGUUCCCCAACUCAGUGAUCACCAGUACUCCAGCUUUAAUAGAAGAGAAUUCCCAGACCUUCAGUUCUAAAGAGAUUAAAGAAAGGACACAUUAUUUUGUUGCAAUUGAAGAACUUCAGAAUAAGGAAACUAACUAUAGGAGAGGAGAAAAUGAAACAGAUAGGAGAUCAGCUACUUCAGAAGCUGUUUCUCAAGAGGAAACUUCAGAUUUACUGAUUAAAGAUGACAUAACUCCUGUUUCUGUAAUACUGAGUGGAGCUCCUAAUCUUGAAACAGAAGAAUCGUUUGUAAUAUCAACAACAAAAAUGCCAGGCAGUGUAUUUCCUGAAAGCUCUGGUGAAGGAUCUGGCUGGGUUGGUGUUUUGGAUUCAUCUUCCCCUGAUAUGUUUACUCAUUUGUCUAUACCACCGGUGACAAAAGUAGAACUAAAUAAUUCUUCUAGUGUUCCUGGGGAAGUUUAUUCUGAAGCUAUGACAACUGAAGCACCAAUAGAUGGAUCACAGACUGUGAUUUCAGGACUAGGAACCCCUUCUACAGAAGAAAAAGAGAUCAUGGCAAAUUCAUCUUCAGCUCAACCAGACAUGGCUACAUCAGAAGAACAAACAACUGAUAGUGGAAUAUAUGACAGAAUUAUUCCUGUGCUUGAUGAUAAAAGAAGAGUUGUAUUGAAUGUUUCUGUUUAUGGUGGUAUUACACUAAUUGAAGAAAGACUUCCAAUCCCAUCAGAAGACACAACUAUUAUUGACAUGGAUCACUCAAAGUCAAUGCUUGAAGAUAUAAUAAGUGUCCAGACUAUGCCAAAUCCUGUCAUAGAAUCAGCAUAUGACAGUGAUGAUAGCAUGACACAGGGAGGGGAAAAAUAUGAUUCAACACCUAAGUUUUCAAUAAACAAAGAUAAGACAUCUGGAUCUGGUGAUAGUCUUGCUUUGAUUACUUCCAAUCAGCCAAGCAGUGAAUCAGUAACAACUGGGCACAGACUAAAAUCAGAGGACAAGGAUCUGGGUUCAGGGAACGACAUGAACUUUGCUACAGAAACUGUUAUCACUACCAAAAUUUCUGAGCUCCGUACUUUCCUUCCAACAGUACCAUCACUGGCAAGCCCUCAUGUGCCUACUGAGUCUAAACAUGUUGUAUCAAGCACAACAGAAGAUACCUAUGAGCUGAACACUUCAGCAAACAACCAAGUAAUAUCACAUCAAAGUGAAACAAUCUCUGUCUCUGGCUUUUCUGGAAUGGGCCAAGAAGAAAUGGAUGAAAAGCAGCCUCUGGUUCCUUCUUUUCCACCAGUUUUAACUACUGAGACAGAGAAGGCUUUGACAACUGACAUGCUUGAUGUAAGUAUUGUCACCACACAGCAUACAUUCCAAUCGUCAACUUUAUCAUCUGACAAGAAUGAAGAAAAUCAUCCUACAGUAUACACAAACUCAAAAUCAGCAUCAGCAGAGUAUGAAGAAACAGAUUCAGUGAGCUUUUCUUCUGCAUCUCAAACUCCUAAAUCCUCAGUAACUGUUCAGUUAGUUAAUGGAGUAUCUGAGUAUCCAGAGGUAGUCAUUCCAAGUACAGUAUCAUCAAAUACUUCAGAUCAGUCUUUUCAUUCAUCAGAAGGGACCUUCAAAGAGGUUAGUUCUGAUAUUGCUGCGACUUAUAAACCACCCACUACAGAUGUUGUCGACAGAACAGAGUCUUUUCUACCAGAGUUUUCUCCCAAGCCUGUUUCAGAAAGCACAGCUACUGAAAGUGCUCCUAUUUUUAAUAGACCUGCAACAGACAGGACAGAGGAGACAGAAACCUUUGUAACUGAUUCGGCUGUUGAGGAAGAAGCUUCUGUUUCUGGAGAUUCUUCAUCGAUACGUACCUUGCCUACUGCUUUUCUGAAUUUUGGAGAACACGUAAGCACAGAUGUUCCAAAAGUUAGCACAGUGGAAGUUGAGGUUUCCUCAGGAAGAAUGAACAACCCUCACCAAGAAGUUGAUAGGAGCACUGAGAGAGAGUUCCAAUGGAUUUUUUCCACACCUGCUCCAGAUUCACCCAACAGUAUUGAAAGUGAAGUUUUUAAACCUGACCAGGAAUCAGUUACAGUGCUAGCUUCAUCUUCACAGCCUUUAGAUAGAAACACAGAAACACAGUCAGGUUUGUUUGGUGUAGAGGAUGUCACAAAAAUUUCUUCUAACAUUGCAACAAGCAGCACUGCCCCUGGAAACAGUCCAUAUGAAAAUGAGCAGCCAACAAUAAGCUCUAAGGAGCCAGAUACUACUGAACUUGUAACAUCAUCAUUUUCCCUUCCUGAAGUCACUAAUGGAUCAGAUUUCCUGAGUGGCACCAGUGUGGGUUCAGUUGAAGGCACAGCAGUGCAAAUUCCAGGCCAAGAUCCAUGCAAAAGCAACCCCUGCCUUAAUGGUGCUACCUGUUACCCGCGUGGUUCAUUUUACAUCUGUACAUGUUUGCCAGGCUUCAGUGGCGAGCAGUGUGAAUUGGAUAUUGAUGAAUGCCAGUCUAACCCAUGCCGUAAUGGAGCCACGUGUAUAGAUGGCCUGAAUAACUUUUCUUGCUUGUGUCUGCCAAGCUAUGUAGGUGCUCUCUGUGAACAAGACACAGAGACCUGUGAUUAUGGCUGGCACAAGUUCCAAGGACAGUGCUACAAAUACUUUGCACAUCGACGUACGUGGGACACGGCUGAGAGGGAAUGCCGUCUGCAGGGAGCACACCUGACAAGCAUCUUGUCUCAUGAGGAGCAGAUCUUUGUGAACCGUAUUGGGCAUGACUACCAGUGGAUUGGCCUCAAUGACAAGAUGUUUGAGCGUGAUUUCCGCUGGACUGAUGGUAGCCCUCUGCAUUUCUGUGAUAGUGAACAACUCUUUAAGUUGUUGAUGGACAAUAUUCAUCCCCCAAUUAUCACAAAAAACAAUAUUAAAUUUGGGAAAAUCAGAGCGAUACAGGAGGAGAAAUCAAGGGCUCUGUGUGAAAAGAGGAACUUGUCCCUGCCUACUCAGAUCUUUGUCUACUAUGAAUUUGAUGUAGUACAAGCUACCAAAUAA